AUGUUCAAGGCUUUACGGAUAGGGAGGAGAUCCAUAAAAGGAGAAGAGAAAGGCAAGCCGCAGAUUAGCAUCCCGCAAAAGUCCGCAGUCGCGAUUGUCCCUCCAAAAAAGGUCAUUCGGGCACUUUAUGACUAUACGGCACAGAAUUCUCAAGAACUAAGUUUUUCGCGCGGCGAUUUUUUCCAUGUUAUCGGCCGCGAAAACGACCCUGACUGGUACGAGGCGUGUAAUCCCGCCUUGCCUGACGCUCGUGGCCUAGUGCCGGUGAGCUUUUUCCAGGCGCUCGGCCGCAACGAGCGUGACAGUGGCCAGUCCCAGCCAGACAGUGCACGCUCUGCGCCAAACCUCGACCAUGACUCCGGCUACGGCGAAGGACCAGCAUCGACCACGGCCGCCACCAGCCAGCGAAGCUCCAAGUCUGGCGGCAAGCCCGGUGCCAUGGUCUAUGGCGUCGUCAUGUACGACUUCCACGCCGAACGGGGUGACGAGCUGGAGGCCAAGGCAGGCGAGGCCAUCAUCGUUAUCGCCCAGUCAAAUCCCGAGUGGUUCGUGGCUAAACCCAUUGGGAGACUCGGCGGGCCCGGCCUGAUCCCCGUGUCCUUCGUGGAGAUCCGAGACAUGGCGUCUAAUACACCCGUUGCGAAUCCUCAAGAAGCGGUGCGGAAGGCUGGCAUCCCCAAGGUGGAGGAGUGGAAAAAGAUGGCGGCCGACUAUAAGAAUUCGAGCAUCACUCUCGGAAAAUUCGAGACGGGUGCUCAACAGCAACAGAUUGAGCAAGGAAUGGAGCGCAUGAGCAUCCAGCAACCCAGCGGCCGAGUGAGCCAGGGGUCAGGCUCCAACGUGGCACAGCAGGCACAGCAAGCGGCCUACCCCGUGGAACAACACCCACCCCAUUCAAACGGGUCGUCAUCAACACCGAAUGCGCCGCCAAUGUAUGCGCCCGUCUCCGCCCGGAUUCCCAGGUACUGCUUUGCCGAGGACAAGUACUGGUUCGUCAUUGAAGCCGAGCUGGAGGACGGCCGGACCUGGGAGCUGGCCCGAUACUACGAAGACUUUUAUGACUUCCAGAUUGCUCUCCUUACCGAAUUCCCCGUCGAAGCCGGAACGACCGGCAAGAAGCAGCGGACGCUUCCGUACAUGCCGGGUCCCGUUAACUAUGUGACCGACGCGAUCACGGAAGGCCGCCGCCACAACCUCGACGGCUACGUCAAGAGCCUCCUCGCGCAGCCGCCGUACAUUUCCAAGUGCAACCUGGUCAAGCAGUUCUUCGCCCCUAGGGAAGGCGACUACGAGAUCGACCCCCAGCAGCAUCCGCCCGCGGCCGUGUCGCGCCAGGUCUCGUCGCUGUCCCAGCCGUCGCAGUCGUCGCUCUCGCCAGGCAUGCAGACGGCGGGCUCGAUGAUCAAGGUCAAGCUGAGCUACAACGGCGAGCUGAUCGCCAUCAAGGUGCCGGCCGAUGUGUCGUUCGAGAGCCUCUAUGACAAAAUCCUCGACAGGCUCAAGAUCCCGCCCGGCGAGGAGCCCCAGCUGUCGUACAAGGACGAGGCCACGGGGGAUAAGCCGCCGCUUAUGAGCAAUGACGAUUUGGACGCGGCGCUGCAGAGGAAUGAGAAGUUGCUGUUGUAUGUUGAGUGAGGGUUGGUGGUGAGCUAUGGGGGAAGAGUGAGAGAGAUGAAAGGGCUUAUUUCGUUUCCUCGUUAUUCAUCUUUUUUUCUUUGGGCUUGUCUUGAGUUUUAUGUCUUCGUUGUUUUGGUGGCUUUUAGCCGUUUUGAUGGCUCAUUUUUGUCAGAGUAUACCCGACUUUGUAUUUGGUGUUUUCUUUUGCUUCUCUCCGAUUUGGGUUCCAUCUAAAUUUCUAUUCUUCUUCUUCUUUUCUUCUCCAACAAUGGGCAACCGAUUUGUUUGCUGUUACUGUUUUGAGAGGGAACUCUAAAGGCGGAGCGGGGCUGGCUGGCGGACGGAGGACGGGGGGAACAGCCAGAAUUGUUAAGUGCCAGCCAGCUCUACCGCUCACAUGUCAUGGAAUUGUAGGAGGGUUGGGGCGAGGGAGAUC